AACCGCUAGCCAGCUCAGUUUGGCCACGAGCGUGUGCGAGACUGCACCUGCUGGCCCGGGCUGACCCCCAGGGUGGAACGGAUAAGCGACGGCAAGGCAUUCACACAUCCGCCAUCAUAUCAAUCAACCGACGCGUAAGCUUAAGCAUGUGGUGUGACAGCGCUAACGCAAGUGUGUGCAAGCGAUGCCGAAGCUUUGGACGAAAGUGUUACCAGGUGUGAUGGUGUUGGUGAGGCAAGUGCGCUCGUAAUGUGAUCGUCUAAACUCGCUGCUGACCGAUCGGUGAUAGAUCGGGCAAGUGUUCUCUCAACAAAGUGCGCUGCGAACUUGAUCGUACUCGUACCAACACAGCACAACCAUCUUAGUGUCAGUACAACAACAAAAAUACACCGCGUCCCAGCUAGCAAAGUAGCGUCAGUGCGAUAUUUUAGUUGUGUGCGUUUGCAAAUUUUGUUUAAGCUUCUUAGUAAGCGAGGCGGAACCGACUUUCCUAAAGACACACAAAAGCUGUGAACGCUAGAAAAAUCAACCUCACCACCCUACUCAUCCCACCCCGCCUAACCAAACAACCGUCCGCCAUUGUGGCAACAAUGUUCUGGAUUCUGAGGCGAACCGGCGCGGUCAACUUGUUCAACUCCAUCAACGGCAACGGUAACGCAGCCAAAACGGGGUCCAACAGCAGCAGCAACAACUCGGAAAGGAGUAAUCCUCGGCCGCCGCGCAAAGCAUACGGACGACUGAGCGGCGAACCCGACGACGCUCAGUCGCUCCAGCGAUCCACGCGGUACGAUGUGACGUCCGGCGGUUCGCCGGCCCAACCCUACAGUGGCAAGCUGAUAGACUUGGAGGGCACCGCUGGAACUGUACCGUCCGGCGGGUACGGGUGUGAGCAGCAGCUGAACGGGAAUGGGUCCUGCUGCAACGGGUACGGCUACAGCAACCACAAUCACAACAGUAACAUCAUCAACAACAAUCACGAACACAGCAAUCAACCGGCCGGUUGGGUGCAGGCGGUAGGACCACACCCGGACGAUCUGGCCGGACCGUGCAUGUCGACCGGCGGCACCACGUUCGACGACACGGACGACGAGGAGGACGUUAACCGGAACCACUCGAACUAUAACGAGACCGACUCGGAGCUGGAGCUGGACGGCAAGAUUAAGGAGCAGCGGCUGGAGGAACGGGCCAUGGCCCGGCUGCACGCGAUCGCCCUGUCGGACGACGAUGACUACGAUGAGUCGUUGACCUGCAAUGUGUGCGAUCGGGCAUUCCGCUGCCGCCGUCAGCUGGCGUCCCACCAGCAGAAGAAGCGUCACUUUGGCUGUAGCGGUUGCGAUAGUCUGUUCUCCUCGCUGAUGCUGCUGGAGCAUCACAAGGAAGAGUUCGAGCACUGGAGCGAUUACGAGGACGAUAGGCGGCUGCCGUGCUGCAGGCGCAACCGGCGCGACGAGGACGACUACACCGACACCGAAUCCGGCACGAGCGAUGCCGAGAGCGAAGAUCUGGAACGGUUGCUUUAAGCAACUGCAGCAACUAGGCGCUUCGUGUUUUUUCGGUUUAGCAUUAGUGUUUUGUUGAGGCGGACCUGCAGCAGUCUAACGUCUAGUUUGAGCAAUGGCGGCUAGUGUAUGCGCGAAAACACUUUUGGGUGAUGGUUUCACUGGUUGUUACCUUUUAAUGUGUUACCAAAUGCUUGCUCAUAGAGAGAGGGAGAGGGAAACCCCCCCCCCUAUUCGGUGUGUAUGUAUGUAUGGAUGUAUGUAUGUGUAUGUAUUGGUGGUCCCUAAGACGAGCCCCGUUGUUCCAAUUGGCCGAAAGCAUAGCUUCCAAAUCCAAAACCAAGGCUCACGUCCAUUCUCGCGCGUCCAACGUCCAAGAGCUGAUAGCGGAUUAAUAUAUUAUUACUAAAACAGCUAAACCUGUACAACCACGUGCAAUUGGCAAUGGCGCCCAGGAAGGGGUCCAGAAGUUCCUGACGAGAUCCUUACUCUCCCGGAAGAGAUUUAUAGCCAAAUGUUGGUUGGCUGAAACAGUUGAAGAAGCCUCGGUGAGGUGUUUUGCAUAUCCUCGAACAGAACCAAUCAUCUCCACUACCACUUCCCGUUUGUUACGGACAGGCAAGAACUACCCAGAGAUUCUUGCUAACCGAGCAAACCCCGAUCGUGUUUUUCUGUUUGCGCAAAAACAAUCCUGAACGCUGUUGUCCACGGUUUAGCAAGUAAUCAAGCGAUACCUUCUGUGUGUCCUCUUCCCCAAAGACAAUGUUAAUAGCCCCGGAAGGUAAAACCCCGAACAUAUUUACUAGCAAAACUAGGCGGGAACAGACACAGAACACACAUCUCCAUUUGUAUGAGCACGUAUAGAUAUACAUAUAUAUAUAUAGUAUAUAUAGAAGGGCGUCACAUUUUGCAAGCCCUCAUCCACAAAGUAGAGAAAAGAAAAUCCCUCCUAACAACCCGGAAAACUAAAUGGAACCAAAUUCUAUUAAACAUAUUCAUAUCAGCGUCACACACACACAGCGCCUGCAAUGACGGCUGCAUGGAGUUUUGAAGCAAACGAACAACAAACAUGCGAUUAGAAACGUAGCGUUGACCCAAACAUUUCCCCCGUCGAGUACGCGUACUAUAUCAUGGACUUGCUGAAGAAGCGGUAACCGAAAAACAGGCAACAAUUGGAAUUUAAAGCAUUCCCCCCCCCCCCCCCCCCAAAAAUCCCUCCUGGAAAAGAAUCUGUACGCGCGGACAAGCGCGGUGCUGUGUUUCUAUGGCUAAUAAUCAAGUAGUAGUGAAUAAAUUUACUGGGAAAAAAAAUAAAAUGAUAAUAAACAUCACAUAUAUUGAAACCUCCUUCCCCCUGUUUAAUGUUGUGUAAUGGCCGAGUGUACCGAGAGCAGCGAACGAGCGCACGGAAUAAAGAAUUGCAAUAUAUGGUGGA